AUGAGUUAUAUAAGACAACAGCAAGAAAGACGUAAAUCAAUGGCAGAAAGAAGACCAUCCACAAACUAUUCACCUUCUCAUAUUCCACACUUAGUUGGGUUGGAAACUCCUCAAGAACAACAUUCAUUGAGUAUUAAGGAAUGUGAUGUUCUUAUAUUAGGUACUGGUUUGUCUGAAAGUAUUUUAUCAGCAGCAUUAUCUUGGCAAGGUACUCAAGUUUUACAUAUUGAUAAUAAGAAUUAUUAUGGAGAUUCAACAUCUACAUUAACUAUUGAUCAAUUGAAGAAGUGGUGCAUUGAUGUUAAUCAUAAUAAGAUUCCUCAUUUCAAAGAUGCUCAAAUUUAUAUUCCUCCUGGUAGAUUUAAUUCUAAAGAUUAUGGGAUUGAUUUAACUCCAAGAAUAAUGUUUUGUAAACUGGAUUUAUUAUCAUUACUUGUUAAAUCUCGAGUUUAUAGAUAUUUGGAAUUCCAGAGUUUAUCUAAUUUCCAUGUUUUUGAAAAUGAUGAUUUUCAACAAAAAAUUACCAAUACCACUACUAAAGAAGAUAUCUUUAUGGAUAAAUCUUUAUCAUUAAUUACAAAACGUAAUUUAAUGAAAUUCUUGAAAUUUGUAUUAUUAGAUGAAAAUAAAGCUUUAAUUAAACAAUAUGCAACAACUCCAAUUGAAACUUUCCUUGCCACAGAGUUUAAAUUAGAAGAACCUCAAAUGAAUGAAUUGGUUUAUUCAAUUGGAUUAUGCGUUAAAGAAAACACGUCUACAAAAGAAGCUAUCAUUCGUAUUAAACGAUUCCUUGGAUCAUUUGAUGUAUAUGGAAAAUUCCCAGUUAUGGUUUCAAAAUAUGGAGGUCCAGGUGAACUUUCUCAAGGUUUCUGUAGAAGUGCUGCAGUGGCAGGUACAACUUAUAAAUUAAACACAAAUCUUACUGAUUAUGAUCCAACUUUAAAAAUUGCCCAUUUUGAUGAUGGAUCCAAAGUUAAAAUUAAUGAAAAAUUAAUCAUUUCUCCCACGCAAUUAUCAAAAUUCUUAACUGCUUCAUAUUCAAAAGUUGUUGAAAACCUUGAAACAUAUAAUAUCACCCGAUUAAUUACAGUUGUGAAAAGAGAUUGCAAAGAAUGGAUGUCUCAACAUGAAUCUUCAGCUAUUGUUGUGUUUCCUCCCCAUUCUCUCCCCACCGAUAACGACUAUGCCGUUCAAGUCAUAAUUCAAAACGGUGAUACCGGAGUCUGUCCACCUGGCCAUUCAAUUUGGUAUACUCAUUCAGUUGAACCGGAUCUCGCUAGAGCUAAACGUGAUUUGGAAACCGCUUAUGAAAAGAUGGAAAGUGCAUUAUUAAGAGAGAGUAAUCAACAUGAAGAAGAAAUGAUGUUAAUGACUGGCGGUAGUACCGGUAUAAAUUCAACCGCAAGUUCAUUCAAAUUAGGUACUUCAUUAACUAAUAAUUUCAUCCCUCGUGAAAAAGUGGAAAUCGUUUGUAAAAUGGGUUUUGUUCAACAAUCAUAUAUAAGACCAGAUUUAUCUAAUGUAUUUAAACCUACUGAAGAAAAUAAUAUUGUUUUGAAACAACUGACUGAAUGUGAAGACAUUAUAUUCACUAAUAUGCCAAGUGGAGAAAUUAGUUAUGAUGGUAUUAUAACUGAUGUCAAGUCCAUCUAUUCUAGAAUUGUGGGAACUGAUGAAGAUUUCUUUGAUGUAGAUUUUGAAGAUGAAGAAGAAGAGCAAGAAUCUUCUGCAGCUUCAUCUUCUCAAAGAACAAAUGUUUCCGCAGGUGGAGUCCAUGGAGGAAUUGUUGGAGGUGGCAAUGUACGUAAUUAUGAAGAAGUGAUUGAAAGUGAUGAUGAAGAUGAUCAUGUUGAUUCCGAUGACCACAAACCAUUCGCCGCAGACGAAAUGGAAUUGUGA